AUGUCUCGCAAAGCCGUCGGAAUCGGCGCCCUCGACCGCUCGCGCCUCACCUCUGCGCAAUACGCCUCCCAUGGGUCCUCCCUUCGCGCUACCAACGCGCAGGCCCUCGAAACCCAACUCUCCGUCUUCCGAACCCUCCUCCAGCAAUUCGCGCAGACGCACGCCAAAGACAUUCGCUCCGACCCGUCCUUUCGCGCGCAAUUCGCGCGCAUGUGCUCCGCCAUUGGUGUCGACCCUCUCGCCUCUUCCUCUUCGUCCUCGGCCCCCUCCUCGUCGGUCUGGGCGCAGCUCCUCGGCAAGACGGUCAACGACUUCUACUUUGACGUGGCCGUGCGCGUCGUACAAGUAUGCGGAGCGACGCGUGCGGAGAACGGGGGCCUCAUCUCGCUGGCUCAGGUCUGCGAGCGCGUGUCCCGGGAAAAGGUCGCCGGCGGCGGGGCGAGCGUCUCCGAGGACGACGUGCGCCGCGCCGUGGCCACGCUGGCGCCGCUUGGGGGCGGCUACGCCGUAGUGGCGGUGGGUAAUGCCGAGUACGUCCGGAGCGUGCCGCGCGAGCUGAGCGGCGACCAGGCGGGCUGCGUCGAGGCCGCGCAGGUGCUGGGCUACGUGAGCGUGGGCAUGCUACGGGAUAACCUGGGAUGGGAGGCGGCGCGCUGUAAGACGGUGAUUGAGGACUUGGUUGCGCAGGGCAUGCUCUGGGUCGACAAGCAGACGGGAGGCGAGUGGCAGUACUGGAGCCCGGCUUUUAUGGCGGGGAUAGACGGGGCAAGCUGA